GGAAAGAAGUACACGAUGGGGGAUGCUCCGGACUAUGACAGAAGCCAGUGGCUGGAUGAAAAAUUCAAGCUGGGCCUGGACUUUCCCAAUCUGCCCUACUUAAUUGAUGGGGCUCACAAUAUCAUCCUUUGCUACAUUGUCCGCAAACACAACCUGUGUGGGGAGACAGAAGAGGAGAUGAUUCAUGUGGAUAUUUUGGAGAACCAAGCUACGGACGCCUCUAAUCAGCUCACCAGGGUCUGCUACAGCCCUGACUUUGAGAGACUGAAGCCUGUGUAUCUGGAGUCCAUCCCAGGCGAGAUGAAGCUGUACUCACAGUUUCUGGGGAAGAGGCCUUGGUUUGCAGGGGAGAAGAUCACCUGUUUGGAUUGCCUGGCUUAUGACAUCCUUGACCUGCACUGCAUAUUUGAGCCCAAGUCUCUGGACGCAUUCCCCAACCUGAAAGAGUUCGUAGCCCGCUUUGAGGGCCUGAAGAAGAUCUCUGCCUACAUGAAGUCCAGCCGCUUCCUCCCAGGCCCUCUGUUUCUAAAGAUCGCCUUUUGGGGCAAUAAGUAG